UAGCUUGCGGCGGCAUGAUGUAGCUGAAGAACGGGAACAAGCACACGCACACGCCCACCUUUGCAAUCAACAACACCCACAGACUUCGCAGGAAUAGACACCUAGCAUUGUCAUGGCAAUUGCAAGACGGCUUCGCAUGGGCGCUCCCUUCUCUUUGUCGGCGGACAAACGGACUGUCAACUCAAAUAAGGCGAGAGGCGCAACUUCAUUCAAUCAGCCGUCGCUUCACACCGCCAGCUCUGGGCGUGAGGAAAAGCAAAAGAAAAGAGGCAGCAGCGAUGACGAAAAUAAAGACGAUGCAGACGACGAUGACGACGAUGAGCCCCUUUGGGGCUCGCCGCUCAACGACGAGGUGCUUCAAGAGGGCAUCGUGAUCUUAGCUCGACCGCGUCCAAGGGCCCGCCGGCCCCAGCUUUCUUCUACCGCAUCGGACGACAACAGUCAGCGGGGCAUGGCCAGAUCUCAGAGCCAGCCCAAUCUCCGUCGUCGUCCACCUGACAAGUUUCCCUUGUCGCCACGACGAGAUUGGCCUGCGGGCGGCUCCGAACAAAUUAGCUGCGGCAUCGGAGUCGGUCAGAUCCGCGGACGGAGCUGCACAGAUGCACAUGGUCCCCGAUUGCGGCCGCUCGAGCCCGCCCACCCUCUUUCCUCAACCACUUCUUCUUCGUUUUCGUCGCGCUUCAAUCCGCUCUUGCAAAUUAACCACGAUGCGGGCGGCGGUGGCGGCAAUCUCGCACCUUCGUCAGAGGGCUUCACGCAUUCAUACCGUCAUUGUCCACAGCCUCUCUUCAACGACGACAACCAGGCAGCACCUGCUUCUGUUGCUAUCUUGCCCAGCUACCGCGGGUAUUUCUGUGCACCACCCGAGCACGAACGGCGUGGAAGGUCCGCCUCUCUGGCCUCUUCUUCUAUUGGCUCAACGGACGCUCAACCCUCGUCAACUUCUUCAUAUCUUGAGCGGCGCAACAUCAACGCGACUCCAAGCAGCCCCUGUGACCCUACUUCCUCCUUUACAUCGUCGCCCUUGUCUCCUUCAUCCUCUUGCUCCUCCUCAACCCAUUCCACCGAGAUGCCUACUGGAUCAAUCUCGCCCGCUAGCAGCUCCAGCACGCGCACCAUCCGGACUCACGACAUCACGGCCCCCUUUCGCGAAGCCCGUGCGGUGACUGCAUCAAGAGAGGAGGCGAAGGGAGCAUCAUUAGGCCGCAAGUUUCGCAAAGCCGUCUCACAUCUCGCCCUCAAAUCACCCUCUUCGACGACGUCUUCUUCAUCAUCAAUGGCAUCUCACUUAGACAAGCCGCUGCCGCCCAUCACGCCCAUCACGCCAAGGACCACGUGUGGGGCUCGUCAGCCGCACGACAAGGUGUCUCAGAUACUCGGUCUGCCAGACUAUAUUGCCGAGACUCUGCCGGCUAAUGCGAUUCUUGAAGGUCCUAGCUGGCGCGUUUCGACCGAUACGGUAGGUCCGAUCGACGACGACGAUGACGACGACGAGCACUCGAAGCCCGCAUCCGAGCACAGCACUCUUUCUCCCUCGCCACCACCGUCAUCGCAUCUGAGGACCGUCGGGAGUUGUCUCUCGCUGACACCGUCACUGAUCGCAGACUGCUUCACAUGUCACAAGCUCGAAAGCGUCCUCGAGCGCAGCGAGGAGGAAGAAGUCAGGACAGUAGCAAAUCUUGGCCGGGUGUUAAAUGCGAGUCGAGGUAAUGACACAGAAAGUGCGGCGUCGUCGUACGAUUCAAGCUACGCCUCUUCUUCGACAUCGGCUCCCUCCACCCUCGCUUCCUCUUCGAUCCACCAGCAUAGAUCCGACACGGCCGCUCCAUUUGGGCCAUCGCAACGCAGCCAAAGGAAUCGGGCAUGGCGAGACGAGCUCUGCAGGUCCCUGUCAUACCACAACCCGUUCAUCUUUGACCUUGAUGUCGAUGAAGGCAACCAAGAAGACUCGUUUUCUGGCGAGAAUAGCGAUUCGGAUUGCAAGGCGGGGGACCCAUGGCCUGAUGAGCCACUCGAAUUUCCCAUUGGUGAAGCAUCCAAAAGCUACAUCGAAGCCGCUUUUCCUCCUCUCCACGACCGCCAUUCGAGCUCCACUUGCGCUAGCACCACCUCGACAAUGUCCAAUUUCAUCGCAUCGACGUCGACAAGAAGUAAACGCAGCGAGAGCUCAUCGACUUUCCUCUCUCUCUGUACCCCUACGACUCCUACAUUCUCAUCUACAGCGUCCUCCUCAGCAGUAAGCAGCCCAUCAUCGGCCUUGGAUGGCUAUCUUGAGCAGAAAUCUUCGCGAGAGACAGAGGAGGGGGAGCUAACAUUCUUCCAUCGUCGAGAAGGAAGGGGACAAGAAUUUCCUAAACUCCACAAGCACCUGUCGACGACGGAGUCAAUCGAUGAGAUGCUGGGCCUCGCCAUCGACUCGUUCCCUUUGCCUCCCCUUUCUCCAACAACAUUAAGGUCGUCAAAAGCCAAAGACAAUGGCUAUUGACAUAGGGUUGGCACCCACUUCUGUCUUUCUCC